UCUUACUGUUGGCCACUAUUAAAAUAAAAAAAGUCAAUUUGGCCAUGUAUUCCCGGGUAGUCACCAUGCAGCCAUAAGAUAAUUUUCUACUGAACGAAAAUAAUAUUUAACUUUACCGCCGCUUGAUUCUUCAUUGCCAUAAGCUUCCGACACAGAAUAUAAUUUACAACAUUUUUAUCGCAAUUUAUUACAUCUUAUCUACUUAAUCAAAAAUAAUAGUGUAGACUCCUUAAAUUUGCUAUAGAGUUUCUGUGUAUAUUCACGGCUCUCUUGUUUUAAUUGGAAUAAAAAAACAAAUAGUUCUAGGGCGUAAUAAUCUGUCAAUUCCACGUGCGGCCAUUGAAAUCCAGGUCGAAGGUAACUAUGUCUCUUCAUGUUAUUCGUAUAUAAUUCACAUACUGAUUUACUGUGUCAAUUAUUCCAUCUCUUGCACACUGCUAAGUUACUUCAGCCUUUCUUUGAUUUUCAAUUGCGAGGAAUACUGUCACCGUUUACCUAGGAAAACAAAAUCUCGUGUCGAGCUCAAAAUUUCGAAGCCAGAUCUGAGGCUCAGCUGUUGCAGGUUUAUUUACUCAAUCUCAAGAUAAUGAUUCAGAAUAAGAGGUACAUAGGAAACAGGUUAUCUGAAAAAAGGAUAGAUAUUAUCUCUUCUUAGAGAAGGACUGUUAGAGAGAAAACUGAGAAGCAGUUGUAAAGUAGGUGCCAUUUAGAUAUUGUACUGAAAGGGCACAGUAAUACUACAUACCUCAAAGAAAACUGCAUAUAUCUAAGAAACUAAAUUACAAUCUAAUUCUACAAAAUGGGUGAUGAUUGGGAUGAAUCACCAGCGCCAGCUGCUUCCAGUGGUUUUGGGGGUGGUGGAGGAUUUGGCCGUGGUGGUGGUGGGUUUGGAUCUUCUGGAGGAGGGGGAGGAGGAGGAGGAUUUGGAUCAUCUGGAGGAGGGGGAUUUGGAUCAUCUGGAGGAGGAGGGUUUGGAUCAUCCAGUGGAGGAGGAAGCAGUGGCUUUGGUAGCUCUGGGGGUGGAGGAUUUGGUGGGGGAGGGAGUAGUGGCGGAGGCUCACGUGCCUGUUUCAAAUGUGGUGAGGAGGGUCACAUGUCCAGGGAGUGCCCUAAGGGAGGCGGUGGGGGUGGUUCCCGCGCCUGCUUCAAAUGUGGUGAGGAAGGUCACAUGUCUAGAGAAUGCCCAUCAGGAGGUGGAGGCGGUGGGGGUGGUUCCCGCGCCUGCUUCAAAUGUGGUGAGGAAGGCCACAUGUCCAGAGAAUGCCC